AUGCUAUCAGUCCUCUCCUUCUGUGCGCUGGUCGCUAGCGUCCAGGCUGUUUCCUCGCCUUUUGGCAGUGCAGCAUACUCCAACCACUUCGGCCGUGCAGGAUCUGAUGCAAGCUACGACUAUGUUGUCGUCGGUGGUGGUACCGCUGGCCUUGUGAUGGCAACUCGUCUUGCCGAGAAUGGAACAUAUACCGUAGCGGUUGUAGAGGCUGGCGGCUUUUAUGAACUCGAGAACGGCAACCUCACGGUGGUACCUGGAUACUAUACCGACAAUCUGGGCCACCCUUCAGUAGAUUGNGGGUUCAACACCACUGAGCAGCCGGAUCUGAACAACCAGACUUUUGGAUAUGAUCGUGGAAAGACUCUGGGCGGAAGUUCCGCACUGAACGUCAUGGCCUACCAUCGAGGAACAAGACAGUCUUACGCUGCAUGGGCAGAUACAGUCGAUGACCAAACUUACGCCUUCGACUCUUUCCUUCCCUUCUUCGAAAAGAGUGUUAACUACACAGCACCGAACCAAAAUCUCCGCGCAGCGAACGCUACCGUUCCUCCAGCCAAUGCUUCUGCUUUCUCAAGCACUGAUGGUCCUCUUCACGUAUCAUUCGAGAAUUAUGCUUCGCCGUUCUCGUCCUGGGGUCAGCUUGCUCUGCGCGAAAUUGGAGUGCCUGACAUUGCAGACUUCAGCAGCGGAGAGCUACUCGGGUCACAGUACUGCCCAGCAACGAUCCGUCCAGAUGAUGAGACACGCAGCACGAGCGAGUCAUCAUAUCUUCAACAAUCGCUUGCUGACGUCGAGGCCCGACUUGAAGUAUUCAUACACACGAUGGCGAAGAAGAUCGUUUUCGAUUCGAACAAGACUGCGACUGGAGUCGUUGUUGAAACAGCCGGCAAACCCUACACUUUGAAUGCUACGCGAGAGGUCAUCUUGUCUGCUGGUGUUUUCCAAUCACCGCAACUGCUUAUGGUGUCUGGCGUUGGCCCCAAAUCAACCCUGCAGCAACACAAUAUCUCCGUGAUUGCUGACCGACCUGGCGUUGGAUCCAACAUGUGGGACCAUGUUCUUUUCCCAGUCAUGUAUCAAGUGGAUGUGGAAACAUUGAAUUCCUUGACCAACCCUACUUUCGCUGCUAAGGUCUCGAGGCAAUACAACAAGAACGCAACAGGCAUACUUACAAAUGCGGGAGGUGAUUAUCUUGGAUGGGAAAAGUUGCCAGCCAAGAACUUCGACCAAUUGAGCAACACCACACAGCAAGCACUCUCUGCUUUCCCUGCCGACUGGCCCAAUCUAGAAUUCUUGGUCAGCAGCUUCCCACCGCUUAUGAAGGGAGUCGAAGUUUCCGACUCUGCACAAUAUGCUUCUGUUCAAAUUGCACUCAUCACCCCUCUCUCCCGUGGAAGUGUCUCUAUUUCUUCUAACGACGCCAUGGAUCCUCCACUAAUCAACCCGGGCUGGCUGAGCAACUCAAAUGAUGUUGAAGUCGCAGUACAGGCCAUCAAGCGCGGCAGAGACUUCUUCGGCGCCAGCGCAAUGCAGCCGAUCUUGAUUGGAGAGGAACUCUUGCCUGGCAGGAACUAUACUACCGACGCUGAAAUUGAAGAGUUCGUGAGGCAGUACGUCGCGACGGUGUACCAUGCUUCUUGUACCUGUGCAAUGGGCAAGGCUGACGACCCGAUGGCUGUGGUCGACUCGAAAGCUCGCGUCAUUGGCGUCAACUCAUUGCGUGUCGUGGACGCUUCAGCUUUCCCUUUCCUGCCGCCUGGUCAUCCACAAGCGACAGUCUAUGCGCUUGGCGAGAAGAUUGCAGCAGAUGUCUUGGAUGACGCUUCUCAGAACAAGAGCUACUGGAGUUGA